CUCAUAUCUCAUUUCCAAUUCAAUUCUCAAUCUAGGCUUUUUGUAAACAUGGAAUGCAGGACUCUAGAGAUCACUCUAAUCUUCGCCAAGGACCUCGAGGAUGUCCAUGUUGACUCCAAGAUGGACGUUGGCGCUGUCGUCAUCAUCAACGACGAACCACAAACCAAGCAGAAGAUCCCCGUCGACAAGGACUGCGGUUCCAACCCCAAGUGGAAUUACACCAUGACAUUCACCGCGGAAGAAGCCGCCGCUAACCGGAAACGCCUUGAGCUUGUGAUCUGUCUCGUGUCAGAUCGUCUCUUUGGCGAUAUAGUUGCGGGCGAGGUGUUGGUGCCUAUCAAUGGAUUUCUUGAUUGCGAAGAGAAUGUUCCCGUUUACGGCGUCAGGUUGCCCAAAGGAAUGGUGAAAGGUACACUGAAUUUGUGUUGCAAAAUUGGGGAGAAAUUCAGUGUUCCUGUUGCUGCGCCAACGCAAGAGACGGAGAAGGCGAAGUCCGCGGAAACGCUUGUGAUGCGAUAUCUUCCUGUCGGAUACAGCGCAGGAUACCCACCUCAGCUUUCCUCCGCGUACGCCUACAAUUCGCCGCCACAGGGUGCGUACCCACUGCCGCCACCACACUGGUACGGUGGGCAUCCACAGCCACAGGGUGCGUACCCACCGUCGCCACCACACUGGUACGGUGGGUAUCCUCCGCCACAGGGUGCGUACCCACCGCCGCCACCACACUGGUACGGUGGGUAUCCUCCGCCACAGGGUGCGUACCCACCGCCGUUACCACACUGGUACGGUGGGUAUCCGCCUCCUCCUGCACAGGGUUACGGUUAUACCGGGCACCUGCCUUAUGGUGGGCAUGGGAACAUGCCGGUCCAAUAUCCAACGGGCGGGUUAGGACAAGUGCCGGCGGGCGGAUUGUUGGGCAGUUUGUUCCUGGUCAAUAUGGGAUGUGAUGCUUUUGCCAGUUUAACGGAUGGGCUAGGCGAUUUGUUGAAUUUGUAAGAAGGUUUUUUUUUUUUUUUGCAUUUUUAAUCCUUUAUUUUAUUGUGAAUUUUUCUUACAUUCCUCACCUCUUUUCACAACCACCUAUAUCGCUUUUCCAAUUCUGUCGCUCAUUAUCUCAGUGAUCUGCCACAGAUUCAGUGGUAAAAACCUCAAAAAGAACAGUUCAUGUAGAUUUCCAUACAAUAAUGCAGUCUGAUAGAA